AUGCGUUACACACGAAUAGAUGCCAAAGACCCAAAGCCACCAUCCCGAACCAGCAGCGCUGGUCAAUCACGAAAUCCACAGCGUACCUGCGGAGCCAACAGACCCGACCCAGCAACAGCCCCUGCGAGACCCCGAGUCCCCCCUCUUUUUGGCCGAGCCCCGUACCUAGAGGCGCCGGAACCGCGGGACUGGCCUGGAGAUUUUCUCCCCUUUGUAUGUGAUGGCUGUUCAGGUGUCUUCUGCCUUCAGCACAGAAGCCGAGAUGCUCAUGGGUGUUCUGAGGUGAAUAUAAGAAACAACUCUGUGAAACCAGAUCAGCACAGAUCUUACCCAUGCUCAUACAAGGACUGCAAGGGAAAGGAGCUUUUGCCAGUUUUAUGCCCCUACUGUGAAAAACAUUUUUGUCUAAGACACCGGCAUCAAUCAGACCACGAAUGUGAGAAACUGGACACGCCAAAACCUCGAAUGGCUGCCACCCAGCAGCUUGUUAAACAUAUUCUAGAUUCCAAAAAAAACGAGGAAGCAAAAAGCAAAAAACAUAAAGGAGCAAAAAACAAUGAGACAGCAGCAAAAGUGGCAUUAAUGAAACUGAAAAUGCACGCAUGUGGGGACAAGUCCUUGCCUCAGGCAGAAAGAAUUUACUUUCAAGUAUUUUUACCAAAGGGGAACAAAGAGAAAAGCAAGCCGAUGUUCUUUUGCAGUAAGUGGAGUAUUGGCAAAGUAGUAGAUUUUGCAGCUUCCUUAGCAAGCCUUAAAAAUGACAACAACAAAUCAACAUCUCAGAAGUUGCGCUUGUGCCAUACUGCCUCUGGAGAAGCCUUGCCGUUUGAGCACACAUUGGAAACGUGGCUAUCUGAUAAAGACUAUCCAUUGUACAAUGGUGGAAAUAUAAUUUUGGAGUAUCUUGAUAAUGAUGUUCUAUUCAUAGAAGAUACAGAGUCAUACUUUAGUUAAUCAGUAAAUUAUUACAAACAAAAAAAAAUUUUUUUAGAAGUGUGGUAUUCAAACCGAGUCCAGUUCUCUUUUAAAAAUCAUUGGUAUGCCAGAAUCUGGCCUCAGUUCUAAAGACACAGCUCCCAUCAAUUUCUCAAUUGCUUGACUGACAGAAGAACUAUGUCCUGAAAGGAAAAUCAGUUAUUAUAGUAACUAAUAUUACAGAUAUUUGCUUUCUGGAAUAAAUUCUUGCUUUAUUUAGCUGUAUAAUGUAAUAAUGUCUUAAAUUUUGUGUUUAUUUUUGUGUAAAUGAUGGGAAAAGUAUGUAUUAAAAUCAAAUAAUGAAAAAUGCAGUGUAUCAGUUCUCUGAAGGAAAGAAACACGUUACACUAUCGCAGCAUCUUUCCUACAUCUACAAGAACAGAUCUCAUUGAGUGUGGAAUCCGGCACUGUCUGUGCCCCAGGUCCACAUGUUCUUCGCUCAUUAUAGUGUAACAACAUUUAGAAGGAAAGCUGUCUGAAACAAAUGCAAAUUCACUGUCCUGGUUUCAGCUGGGAUAGAG